AUGUCUCGCGACGCCUCACAACUCACCUCGCUUCCGCCGGAGAUCCUCGGCCAGAUAGUAUCCCUUCUGCCUAGAUUUUCUGCCAGCAGCCUGCGACGUACCAGCCGCGACUUGGUCUCCAUUGCGACGCCCGCUGUGUUUCGCAGUAUCCGCCUCCAGGCCACCGGCGAUGAUCCAGAGCGGUUUAUGGAGAUUGCCGAGUCGGAAAAGCUACGUGGGUUUGUGAGAGAAGUCACUUGCGAUCCUUGGAUCGGUUCCCACUUCCGUUAUCGCUCAGGGUGGCACUAUGAGAUCCCGUCGAGCUUUUUUGAUGCGUUGGCGUUCUUGUCCUGCUUCCGCCAGCUCAGCGCUCUUCAUCUACGAUUUCCCCCCGAGUGUGGAGAUGACUCGUUUCCCGAAGAAUCCUCCGACUUUCGCUAUCGGAUUCUUCACACCGUCUUCAAUACCCUGGCAGGAUCAUGGUCCAAGGAGAGCCAGCAAAAUGUGGACGCCGGGCUUAACAUAGAGGAGGUGUACAAGUACGAGAUGAAGAAGUAUCCGGUUGGCAUGUCGCAAGGCCCCAUUGUCCUUAAAUGCAUCACAAUUUCCAACUUGGAGGCUCGUCUUGAAUCCCGACUAGUAGGUUCGGAUGCUUUCAAAACAAUCCUUGGCUCCGAGCGCCUGACCGACUUGAGACUACUCAUCGCAAGACAAACUCGCGGCGCGUAUGGAGUGCCCAGCGCCACAGGCCACGACUUUUUCGAGAGUAUACCCUACACAUGGUUGUCCUCGCCAGUCGCCGCCAACCUCAAGGUGCUCUCGCUGCAUUCCCACGCACCGUGGGGCUGGUAUCCCAAAAUGGACUUCCGGCUUGUUGGUUGCGGCAUGCCCAAUUUGAGGGUUUUAGCGCUUCGCAAUUUCAUCUUCAGUCACGAAUGGCAAAUUGAGUGGUUUGGGUCUCGAGGCCUGGAAGAGUUGUACUUGGAUACCUGCGCCAUCUUGGCACAUGCGCUGGGGGUCGAACUCAAUCAUGGAACGUCGGCUGUUCGUCAAGCCAACGGAGAAGAGGUCAUCAUCUCGCACGAGGGAUACUAUGCCAACCCGAGUUCCGAAGGACCUGUGGAGACUUUUGUUGGGACACUACGAUGGCACCGCCUCUUUUCUCACUGGACCGGCUCAAUGACGAACUUGAGAGUCUUCAAGAUGGGUUCUACGAGAUGGGAUUAUCCGGCUACCAUGAUCGGGGCGACCAGAAGCCACGGGGUUAUAUGGAACGACUUCCGUUACUUCGAUUGCCCUUCGCCAGAAAUCUCUGGCCAAGAUGUAUUUCGGUACAGAACUGGCAUGUCUGAAUCGGCCGAGGCUGGAUUGGAAUAUGCGUACUACACGGAAAACGAGUGGAUGGAUUGCGAAACGUAUGUCAAUGGGACUGAGUACGAACGAGAAAUGGUAGAGGAUGAUGAGUCGGCAGACUUUCUCGAACCUCGGAGGGAAGGUGGAGGCUGGGAGAUGGACGAUGGCAAUCGAGGCCGAGACGAGGCAGCGCUCGAUAUUUUCCGGUCGUCGGUUGAGGCGAGGCGGAAGGCAGUCUCUCGAGAGAACUAG